AUGGCAGAUAAUGAAUUGAAAAGAUGCAUGAAAGAGCCAGGAUACACAGAAAAUGAUUUAAUUAAUAUAUGCGUAUUUGAUAGAAAUCAGAGUAGAAAGUGUGUGGUUGAUCUGGGAAAUAAAUGCAAGGAUAUUGAUUUCGGUGAUAUUAGUGAAAGCAUUCGGAAGCUGCAGUUUAUAACUUCGAAUUCAUAUAAACACGCAAUUCUUCAGGAGCUUCUUGGAAUUCCUGUAAUGCAAGUGAAGCUGGAUAUUGAAGAGAUUCAGGGCAGCAAAGAAGCAAUAGUUGCAGAUAAGUUGAGAAAGGUGUGUCAUCUUGUGAAUGAAUGUAACAUUGUGAUUAUAGAUGACACGAGCAUUCAUAUUGAUGGACUGUACGGAUUUCCAGGACAGUAUGCGAAAGACUUUCUUAGUAUUGGGAUGAAGAAGGUGAUUGAUGUUGCAAAGAAGGUUGGAGAUUUAUGCAGAUAUUCUACAAUUAUUGGACUUGCAUAUGCACAUGAAGGAGAUAUUGUUAUGAAGACAUUUGAUGGAGAGGUUACAGGGCGGAUAGUACUGAAAGAGGCUGUUGAGCCAAAGUUGUUCAGGGAUGUGUUUGUUGCAAGGGACGAAGAGUAUUUUGAUGUACCUGAUGGGCUUGCAGGAAUAAAAAUAGGACGAUACAGGGCGGUUCAGAAGAUGCAGCAGUAUCUGAUGGAGAUGAAUAUCUGUAUAAGAGAAGAACAAAUGCAGUUUGAAAACAAGCCCCUAAGUGAGCAGGGCAGGGAUGAUUGA